ACAACAAUAUAAAAUGCGGGAAACUAUUAAUUGGUUUUUCUACAAUUAAUUGUAUUACAAAUCCUACAGUUGGAAAAUACUGUAAAUUGAUAAAACUGUUCGGCGUGAUGACGUUGAAUGUCUCCGACAGCGCCUGUAGUCCCAUUUAGCAACUUGUUAGCAACCGUCUUUUUAAACGUAACAGUUUAAAAAAAUCACGAGUGGGGUGUAACUGGUGUGUUUUAUGUCGUAGAAUAAAACGUGAAAGUAUCUUGUGCCCGUGUGAACCACGGACCUUAUUUAAAGGAUUUAACCAAAAUCCCAUUCAAAAAACCCAUUGACUCCUGGGACGAUGGAACCGAAAGCGCUAAAAUGCACUCGCUUCCGGGUUUUUGCCUACAAAUUGACGUCAUAGUUCCACAAAAUACGUUCCAUUAUAAGCAUAGUACAUAGCACAGAGUCUUCUUUAAAAGGCUAUGCGAUAGGCUGCAGGCAUACGCUAAAUGUUUGCGUCAAAACUAAAGUAUACCUUAAACUUAAGUAUUCAUACCUAUUUGUAUUCACAAGAUGGCGCCAAGGCUGCGUCUGAAAUCGCAUACUCUCUAGAGUAGGUACUCACUUUGAAUAAGUAAUUACUUUGUGGCCGCUAAAAUGUACAUUCUAUAUAGCAUGGAUUUAAUUCUGAAUAGUAUGUGUAUAGAAUGAAUGUAAUCUAGACGUACUACAUUCGCCAUGUUGUCGUUAUCACAUGACCUAGCAGCAUCAAUUGAGUCGCUUCACUGCCAUUUACAAACCUUCAGAAUCUUGCUGGGAGCAGUAGGUCAUCCUGGUAUUUUUGCCUACUCUUUUAUGAGUACUGUGAAACAAACAGGAUAUGACAUAGCCCUCGGGAUUACAACAAAUAUUACAAUUUUGAAGAUGUGUAAAUAUUCCAUCUUCUCCGCUUUCCCACGACACUCCAUACCUGCAGCUUUGAAGUUCGUGUUCUUUGAUUUUAGGUACUCCAUCCAGUGGCACUGUGAGUCAAGAGGAGAAAAGGCAGGAUGUCAGCCAGAGGAGGAAAGAAAAAGAUCACCAAGCUGUCUCGUUCUGCCCGGGCAGGAGUCAUUUUUCCUGUCGGGAGGAUGAUGCGUUACUUGCGCACAGGAACCCAUAAGUAUCGCAUCGGCAUGGGCGCCCCCGUCUACAUGGCAGCUGUCAUUGAGUACUUAGCAGCUGAGAUCUUGGAGUUGGCUGGAAACGCAGCAAGAGAUAACAAGAAGGGGAGAAUCACUCCAAGACACAUCAAGCUGGCUGUGGCCAAUGACGAAGAACUCAACCAGUUGCUCAGAGGGGUGACCAUAUCAAAUGGUGGCGUUCUGCCUCGCAUCCAUCCUGAGCUGCUCUCCAAGAAGAGAGGAGGCAGGGUGAAGGUGGAGACUCAGGUGACCGUUCCAGAGAAGAGGGUGAACCGGAAACCCAUCAAGAAACCCAGCAAAAAGAGCAAAGGAAAACCAGGCCGCAAACCCAAAAAAAGCACAGAGAAUGACAAAGAGGCAGAUGCCAACACAACAGUGGAAGAUGGACCAGGAGAGGGAUUUACUAUUCUCUCUGCGAAAAGCUUGUUCCUUGGACAAAAGCUGUCCCUUACGGAGAGUGAAAUCAGCAAAAUCGGCACGAUCAAAGUGGAGGGAAUCAUCAAUCCCACAAACGCAGAGAUUGAUCUGAAAGAGGGAAUCGGUAACGCUCUGGAGAAAGCAGGAGGAAAAGAUUUCCUAGAGACAGUCAAGGAGCUGAGAAAAAGCCAGGGUCCUUUGGAGGUCGCAUCAGUGGCUGUGAGCCAAGCCAAUGGGAUGGCAGCACGUUUCAUCAUCCAUUGUCACGUUCCUCAGUGGGGUUCAGAGAAGUGCGAAGAUCAGCUCGAGAAAACAGUCAAGAACUGUCUGUCUGCUGCCGAGGAGAAGAAGCUCAAGUCGGUGGCCUUCCCUUCGCUACCUGCCGGACGAAAUGGUUUCCCAAAGCAGACAGCAGCCCAGCUAAUACUGAAGGCCAUUUCAAACCAUUUUGUCUCAGCAACCACCUCCUCCCUGAAGAACAUUUACUUUGUUCUGUUUGACAGCGAGAGCAUUGGGAUAUACCUGCAGGAGAUGGCAAAGAUGGACGCCAAGUGAUGUUGAGUCGUGGGUUUGAUUUCUUUUGAAAGUGUAACGCCUCUAUGCAGCUCUGUUUUAGCUUUGCUUUGACUGGUUUUGUCAGCCUCGACGUCGUGGGAAGGUGAAACGAGUUGAACGUGAGCUUUAGCGGAGAGUGCAUCCAGGCUAGUAGGAGCAUACUAAGUGGAGUGUAGUGCAGCUUGGUGAAAGAUGUUGUAGGUAUAUGUUUUUGACAACAGAUUAUUUGAAGGUGUUUAAACAAGGAUAUUUGUGAGUGAUGUACUGUACACAUUUAUGUUUCACUGUUCUCCUUUAAAGAAAAGACAUUCAUUUAGACUAGAUCAACUUAAUCUUCAUUGUUUGCCAUUUUUAUCCUUAGAAUGACCUUGUUUUUACAUUCCAUGUUCAGAGUUGAACUUUUGACCGUUGUUUUUGACUAGAUAUCAUGUGUGGUUUCUGACCGUUUUGGGUUAUCAAAAAAAAAAAAGUGUUUCUUGUUCUGCUUUGAAAUAAAAAAUGUUUUACACCACA